CGUCCUGGGGCGAAGGAGUGAUUUCAAAACCUUUAGUUUUAGGACCUGACUGUGUUUAUUCCACCAGGGACCUCCCUGUCUACCUAGGGACAUGCUAACUCUCCUGUAUCAGAGGGACCUUGCCAACUACAAGCUAAAACUGGUCUAGCUGUUUUCUUCCCAGAGAUUCGGCUCAGCUGCUGUCCGGGGCCGAUGGGGGAGAGAACGUUUCCCGGACGCAGUGGAAUGAGCCUGCAGACCCUCCACCCCUCACCCCGGCCUCCCAGGGACUCAGGAUCCCAGCACCGAGCCUCUGUUGGCGCCUCCCGGAGGCACUCACCCCAGCCGCGCAGGGCCCACUGCUUAGGGGUACGCACUUCAGACGGGGCUCCGGAACGCUGCUUCAGCGGGAAUGUUUCCUCCAAAAGGCAGGGCACUUUUGGGCGAAGCACGCAGGAACCGGAAGUCAGUGGAGGAAGCGUGGACUGUGGGAACGUACUAAUUUGACAUGGAAGAUGAACGCCCUCAGUGUCCUCUUGGCGAGAGGGAGGUGGAAAUGGUUUCCAGUUCCACUAGGGUCAUCCUUGUUCCAGGCCCUACAUAAUUCCUGCUGUCGGAAAAAAUCCACUACACCUAAGAAAACUCUUCCCAAUGUUGCUUUUUGUGAUGAAAGUACAAAGGAGUCUGGAAAUGCAGUUGACAAGCUCUUCUCUUCAGAACAGCAGGCUUCUAUCUUGCAUGUGUUGAAUACAGCAUCUAAUAAAGAACUUGAAGCUUUCAAAUUGCUUCGUGGACGAAAGUCCAUCAACAUUGUAGAGCACAGAGAGAAGUUUGGGCCAUUUCAGAAUUUGGAGAGCUUAAUGAACGUUCCCUUGUUCCAAUAUAAAACUACCAUUCAAGUUUGUAACUCCAUUCUUUGUCCAGAGACUGCAGGGAAAAAAAGAAAGUCACAGGAAAACCGGCUCUUGAAGAAGCUCAUCAAACCAGAAGUAAGAAGAGAGAGACUGAAGGCAGUCAACAGUAUCCUAUCCAUUGUUUUCGGUACUCGAAGGAUUGCCUGGGCGCACCUUGAUCGUAACUUGGCAGUGCUGGACUGGCAGCAGAAUGAAUGUUGCCAGUUGAUGAAAGGAACGUACCUCUCAUCUGUCUAUUUGGAAGAGAUUUCUUCAGUCAUUUCAAAGAUGCCUAAAGCCGACUUCUACAUUCUGGAAAAAACAGGACUUUCAAUUCAGAACUCAUCUCUGUUUCCUAUCCUGUUACAUCUGCAUAUCAUGGAAGCCAUGCUGUAUGCUUUGUUAAAUAAAACUUUUGCCCAGGAUGGCCAGCAUCAGGUGCUGAGCAUGAACCGAAAUGCCGUGGGCAAGCACUUCGAAUUGAUGGUUGGGGACAGCCGGACUAGUGGGAAAGAACUAGUGAAGCAGUUCCUGUCCGAGUCUGUGCUGAAGGAAGCGCCUCGGGUAUUCUUCCCAUCAGAUAAGAUAGUCCACUACAGACAGAUAUUUGCAUCUACUGAAAAACACAGAAUAGAAGAGUUAUAUGAUUCUCUAUUACAAGCUAUUGCUUUCUAUGAAUUAGCAGUGUUUGACACUGAACCUUAAAAUUCUGAUAAUAUGUAAUCUGCUGUUAUAUUAAAUUAUUUUUAUUAGCUUUAAAGUUGUAAAAACCAACUGUUUUGAACAUCCAUGUUAAUGGAGAAGAAAACAUAUUUGAGCAUAUUUACCGUGUUUCCCCGAAAAUAAGACCUAGCCGGACCAUCAGCUC